AUGAGAUGUGGCUACUUUCUCUUCUUCCUCUUACCUUCCAAUCCUCCUCCACCACCAGCCAAAGCCCCACCUCUCAAUAAUCUUUCACUCUCUUCCCAAAAACCCAAAAAUACUCUACUUUCAGUAUCAGUUCAAGAGGAUCAAUCUUCUUCAUUAUCCACUGAAUUGUCAUCUGUUAUUUGCCAUUCUCUUGAAUAUGCAAAUACCCUUUUCUUUAAAUCUGCUUACAAUGUUCAGGUUAUUGUGGAUGACAAUGAACCUGAAGAAAGGCUAUGUUGUCUAUGUUAUUGGCAACCUUUUCACAUUUUCUUUUCCAGUUUAGAAUAGGUAACAUUUGAA